AUGGGAAAAGGCACAAAUGGCGAGCCUGAUGCGGGGCUAAAGAGCCUGAAUCAUUAUUCAAACCGACUCCCCCUCUGGCGCUAUUGGCCGCGACAAAAACUCCUACCUUUAAUUCGAUAUGAAACGCCAUACCUUGCCUGGGCGCAGGAGAAAGUUCGCACCCCGACGCUGGAUUCUUACUUUGCGUUCACAGCCAACCUCGGCACUCAUACUUUCUUCAUGGUCUUUUUGCCGUUUCUCUUCUGGUGUGGACACACCAGCUUAGGUCGCGGACUGGUUCACAUCCUUGCGGCCGGUGUCUUCUUCAGUGGAUUCAUCAAGGAUUUGUUAUGUCUUCCUCGGCCACUAUCUCCACCCUUACAGCGCAUUACCAUGUCCGGCUCGGCUGCUCUAGAGUACGGAUUCCCUUCCACACAUUCUACCAACGCUGUAUCGGUCGCAGUCUAUGCGAUUGCUCUCCUCAAUGCGCCCGAUUCAACUGUUAGCCCGCAGACCAGCCUGAUCCUCCAAGCUGUCACAUACCUCUAUGUAAUAUCAAUCGUAUUGGGCCGUUUGUACUGUGGUAUGCAUGGAAUGCUUGACGUGGUCAUUGGUUGUAUUUUGGGUGCAUUGAUCGGCCUCGCUCAGUAUAGCUUCGGCCCCGCAUUUGACGACUACAUCCUUUCUGCAUCCCUCACGGAAAUCCUUGUCGUUCCAAUCGUCAUCUUGAUCCUGGUUCGCAUCCACCCAGAGCCGGCUGAUGACUGCCCCUGUUUUGACGACAGUGUUGCCUUUGCUGGUGUGACUCUUGGCGUUGAUGUUGGUUCGUGGUACUUCACCCAAUCUAGCCUCGCAUGGUCAGACCCUCUCCCUGGAACUAUUCCAUACCGGUAUGAAAGCCUUGGACUGGUAGGAACCACCAUUCGCCUAGUUGUGGGUGUUUUGUGUGUUUUUGCGUGGCGAGAGAUCACCAAGCCUACCCUGCUUCGCAUCUUACCACCCAUUUUCCGCAGUCUGGAGAAACUUGGUCUUCUACUACCUCGGAGAUUUUUCAAAACUGCUUCAUCAUAUACAACUGUUCCAACUAACUUGAAGGACCAUGAUGUGCUUCCUAACUUUUCUGAACUUCCUUCAAUCAUCACCACUAUUCGGCAUCCGCGCAGGCGAGCAGUGUCAAUUGGACCCCAGUCCGAAGCAGACGCCUAUGAGACGCUUGCAUACCGUGAGAUGCGCCGACGUGAAAGCCUGUCUAGUGGUACCCGCGAUUCUCCUAUGGAAGGAGAGACAAAACCAAAUGGUACUCCCAUUUUAUUACGGAAAGCCUCGAAAUUAGAUGAAUACGAGCACAUGAUGGGUACAGGGAGCCCCAUUUCGGCUACUGUGGAUGUAGAUUCCAAUAUCCCCCGAUCAUCACCUCUCCCACCUCCCGAGUAUGACACAGCUCGGUCGGAUGAGAAAGAGGUGUUCUCUCAGAUCAAGAAGCCCCGAGUGCGGUAUGAUGUAGAAGUUGUGACAAAGUUGGUUGUAUAUGCAGGGAUUCCGUGGGUUGUUAUCAAUGUUGCACCCCCAGUGUUCGAAUUGCUUGGGCUUGGAGUUGCCUCUUAG